UCUUUUUAUUUUUUAUUUUAGGGGACCCGUUGGACUCCCUCAAAAAUGAUCCAUCGGCUUGGCAAGGAGAUCAAUAAUACUGAAUCUGUCUACUACUGGGCGUACAAGAAUAACAUUCCUGUGUUCAGUCCGGCACUAACGGACGGCUCUCUGGGUGACAUUCUCUACUUCCACUCUUUUAAGAAGCCGGGCUUAAUUUUGGACAUUGUGGAAGAUAUUCGCAAGAUGAACGGCCAGGCAGUGUUUGCCAAAAGGACGGGAAUGAUCAUCCUGGGAGGAGGGCUGGUCAAACAUCACAUAUGCAACGCUAAUCUUAUGAGAAAUGGGGCUGACUAUGCUGUGUUUGUGAACACGGGUCAGGAGUUCGAUGGCUCUGACUCUGGAGCCAGACCUGACGAGGCUGUGUCCUGGGGCAAGAUCAGGAUGGAUGCCAAACCUGUGAAGGUACCGAUAUUUAAACCUAUGUCAAUAUACAGUAAGCCUUGACCAGAGCAAGGUUUGUGUCAAU